GUCGGACUCAGCAUGCAAGCGUAGCAGAUUGUGCUCCAGCUCUGGCUGGACGAUGACCAGGAAGAGAAGCGGCUCCAACGGACGUCUCUGCUGCAGGACGGGAGCUGACACAAGGCGCCGUGGACACUGAGGAAGAUGCUGACUCAGCUGGUUUUGGGAUGGACUGCCUUGCUCAGCGGCCUCCAGCCGGCUGCUGCCUCCGUCACAACCAGAUUUCUAUCUAGCAGGUGGUCAGCUCCAAAAUGUCAGGUCUUCAUCCCUCCUCCACCUCCACCACCUGUGUUUCCUACAGUCAAACGGAAAGCAGAGCUGAUGGUUGAUAUAACAGAACACGUCACAGGACUGAGAGGGGAAAAGGGCUGCAGAGGAGCCAGAGGAGCCAAGGGCCGACCUGGUGUGAGGGGUUUGGAGGCAGAACCUGGAACACUCGGAGCCAUGGGGCAGCCGGGUCCAAAGGGAGAGAAAGGCAGCCGCGGCUGGAGGGGCCUGUACGGAGACAGCGGAGCUCCUGGCAUGAUGAAGGGCAGUAAGGGAGGUAAAGGAUUCAGGGGCGAUAAAGGUGUGAGAGCAAACAGAGGAGCCGGUGGAGAGAAGGGAGAGCCUGGCGUCGCUGCAGUGUCAGGAGAGAAGGGCGACUCGGUCCAGUGGGGGGAUGCAGGGCCGAGGGGGGACCCCGGACCCCGAGGAGACCCUGGAGGCAGAGGAGCCUCGGGGUUGAAGGGUUCUCGUGGACUUUCAGGAAAGCUGGGUCAUCCUGGUUCUGCAGGAGUGCUAGGUCUGACUGGAGAGCCUGGAACACCAGGACAAGUGUUCGUCCUGCCGGGCCUGCAGGGGGACGCAGGACACCGGGGGCGUUCAGCCAAAUGCAACUGUUCACGGGUUCAAACCCCAGAACGACUGUUGAACAGAGUCCAGACGAUCUUUGUUGCAGACGGAGAGAGACAGAUGCGGAGGCUGCGGGGGGAGAACGUGAUGGUGCUGCGGUCGGACAGGAAAGCUCUGUUCAUCUACUCGGACUCUCAAUGGAUCAACGUGCUGGAGGACCCAGCACACUGACCAGGCCUCCAGGUGUGAACGAGUGUAACUUAGAGACUGUGAUCAGGGUCCUGAAAAUCAUAUAACAUAUAAUGACAUAUUGUGUGCAUUGUUCCAGCAUGUUAUUACAUUAAAACAAUCUCUUUGGAAACAAACUUAAAUGAAUAUUAACUCAUUGUAAUAUUUUCCUCCUGUGAAGAAUUUAUUUCUUUAAUCUAGAAGGAAUUGUUUCUUUAAUGUUCUUAGUAAGUAAGUAAGUAUGUAUGUAAAAUAAAGAAAUGCAAUUCCUCCUCUUGCA